UUAAAUUUCGCACAAGUGUAUUGUUAUGUAAAGUACAGAAAGCUGUUUUGAACGCAGUAUCUCUUUUAGCGUGUUAAUCACAGUUCUUACAGUACGAUAUGGACUGAUAUAGCGGUUACAUGUCAAUGACACUUUAUUUAUAUUGUUACUAAUUCUUUAUUCGGUUAUGUUGAUGGACUUUCAAGAAGCACAGGUGUUGUUGUUUUGCUAGCACUUAAAAAGAUGAAAAAUGAUUUGAAAUGUGCAUCAAAAGAAUCGGAUUAAAAGUAGAGCAAAAUGGAAAAUGGGAGACGAUGGUGUAAGAAUGGCGUGUUCAUCCUUCUCCUUUUGAGACUGAUUGAUUUCUCCACCUGCCAGAAAAUAGCCACUGUUUCCUGCAAUGAAGUCGCAGGCAGCCCAAACAUUGUGCGAAUAAUAUUCCGAAUAGUUCUAAACUCAGAUCCAGUUUUCAAAGUGUACGGGUUUGAUGCGGCCGUGGGUGAUACGUCUCUAUCUGCUAACCGGAUAGACGCGUGCGUGGCAGACGGCGCAAGCGUUGACACCGUUGAGAUAACCACUGACGUUGACGUCACGUCCGGCACGCCUCCUUGUGGUGCAAGUGUUUCGGACAUGGGAACGUACUACGUGGUGAGCCAGCUGUUCCGCGUAUACGCGUACUCGGACACCCUGCUGACGGUGGACGACAGCUCUUACAGCCUUCAGUGCCGCUCCGACUUGCUCGAGGGAACCACUCUCAACGUGGACGAGAUAGAUGCCAGCACCCUGCCUGUGAUUGUGGUCCAGCCCCCACAGACGGGUGCCUACCUGCGGAUCCGGGACAGCUCCACCUUGCGGCCGCUUUCUGCCGUUGCCGUCGGUGACAUGGCCUUCCUUUCAGUGGAGUUCAGCCCCGCUAUCGAGCAAGGUCCUGACAACUAUGGAACAAAGUUUUACGUCGGAUUCCUUGGAAAUGACGUCAUUUCUGGGACAUCCUCGAGCCAACUGUUCCUCCACAUACGACCACGUUACAACAUUCGCACUGACGUCACCGUCACGACGUCCGUUGGCCACACUGAUUACGAGUUUACGGACGGUUCCCCACAGACCGUGUCAUUUAAUGCUGACUUUAUGGGAUGCUCAGAGGGCGGAGUGGCGGAGGUUGCUCCGAUCGGUAUAGAGGUGGAUUCAUACGACAUGGAGAUCGCUGUCCUCGUUUGUAACGUAGAGGCCGACAGUGCCGACUGCUAUACAGCCCUACCUGCUGAUGACGUAACCGGAACUGAGUAUUACACUGUCUCAAUGCCGUCAGCCAACGACGCCUCUGAGUUCAUGGUAGUUGCUCAAAACGACGCCACUACGAUUGAUAUUACAAUCCCGGCUGGAAUAUCCCACACUGUUCAGUUGGACGUUGCUACAUACUCUGCCGGUGAUACAUUUUCUGUGACCUUGAAUAAAUACGAAGCUUUUCAUCUUACCCAGACUAUUUCAACCAGUGAUCAUGCUCACGUAACAGGGCACCAUAUUGUCUCAAACCUGCCCGUGUCGGUGAUCAGCGGCAACCGGAAGUACAACACGGAUCACAUGGCCGCUCAGCUGCCGCCCUCAAACAAGGCUGGCACACACUACGUAAUUACGCCCGCCAUCCCGGUCUCCGACGGGAGAGUCACCUCGUAUAUCGUCCAAGCAGUUACACCUGGUGUUACAACGACUGUCAAACGUUAUACUACCAUCAGCGCAUUUGACACAUAUACACUUACGGUGGGGCAAAUACCGCCCGUUAUUAUUGAUGUUGCAUCGACGUCGCCGUGCGAAAUAACGUCGGAUCAACCAAUCAUGGUCGUCCAGGUGGUUGGCAACCCAACAGCUACACAAGGUUUUGAACAUGCCAUGCUCGUGGUUCCAUCCGUGCAACAAUGGUCGCCUACGUUGACGGCGCACGGUCCCGGAUAUGGCAUCACUUCCGCAUUCGUUCUCAAGUCCAGCUCUACCCACGUCCAGCUAGGGGCAGCCACCCUCACUCUCUCCAACAGUGUUGAGGUUGUUGGACCCAGUGGUUUUGUGUUUGGACCUGGAAUUGCGUUACCGGCAGAUCAGACAUAUACUUUCACAACGUCAGAUGGGUCCACUAUGGUGGCCAUGUUAUACGCUGGCGACACGUCACCGUCCAAUAUUGGCAUUGCGUUCCUACCACAUGGCAUCAGAUACUCGGAAUACAAUUACUGUUUCCCGGCGGGACGACGUGGAGACCUGCUCGAUAACGACUGCGACGGGGCCAUCGACGAGGAUAACGUCGACAACAUCGACAAUGACGGGGACGGGCUGGUGGAUGAGGAUGCCCCAGCUGCUAACGCGGCCGCCAUUUCCAUCCGUCCGGUUAACUGCCGCGUGGCCGGAGAUGCCGCCUUUACCAGCCCAACUACCUUGACCGGAGCUGACGGGUGUAUAACGGGGAAUCCCCAGCCGUUCUCCCCCGACAACGACUUCACGGCACAAACCGGAACUAACAUCGGCUCUGGUGAGCAACACAAGGUUCUGUACGGCGGGGUGUUCCAGGUGGCCAUGUUCCUGGACAGGGCCCAGCUUUUUUUCGCAUGCGACAUAGCCCAGUACUGCUACACCGACAGCGAUACGGCGUGUACGACCAAUAUCUGUGUUCCUGGCAUAGCCAGAAAACGUGCAGUAGACGGUCAGGCGGAAAACAUUACAGCCGACGUCGAAGUGUUCCCUUAUUCGCCUCGGGGUGCUCAUCAAAAUACAACUGUGGAGUAUCGGACGGACGCGAGCGUAUCCGCGUGUUUGGAGAAUGCCUACAUCGCCGGGUCGCUUGCCGCCCUGCUGGGGGUGACUGUGGUCGCCAUGUCCGUCGCUUGCUGCUUCUGUUGCCUCUUCCGGGGGCGGCUAGACGAAUGGAGGCGUAAAGAUGGCCGCCGUAGGCGAUCAGACUUUCAUGUGUACACGGGCAAAAGUCGAUAGAGGGAAUGAAUUGUUAAAUCAUUUAUUUAUUACUGAGUAUCAAUAAAAUAUGAAACACGC